CCUCGUCGCGAUCCGUACAUUCGUGCUCAAUACUUGCGAAUGUGUCAUGGAGGAGUGAAGUUAGCUGGAGGCAACCUUCGGUGUGGUUUUAAAAAACGCAGUUUAUAUAACAGUGAUUUAGGAUUAUCUGACGAGAAUGGCUGAUUAUUGGAAGUCUCAACCAAAGAAAUUUUGUCAGUACUGCAAGUGCUGGAUUGCAGACAAUAAGCCGAGCAUUGAAUUUCAUGAAAGGGGAAAGAACCAUAAGGAAAAUGUUGCAGCCAAAAUUGCAGAGAUUAAGAAAAAGAGUGUUGAGAAAGCUAAGCAAGAAGAGAAGAUGUCCAAAGAGUUUGCAGCGAUGGAAGAAGCUGCACAGAGAGCCUAUGAAGAAGAUCUGAAAAGACUACAGGCCGAAGUAGCUCCAUCAGCCUCAACAGGAGUUACAAGUAAACCAUCGUCAAAUACAUACAGACAGCCACAAUAUAAACAAGAAACUCCAAAACAUAAAAGAGACAAUAUAUGGGUGGAAGGUAUCAGCGAUGAUGGUUACACUUACUACUAUAACACUGUUACAGGGGAAUCUCAAUGGGAAAAACCAGAAGAAUUGCAGAACAGUUCAAAAUCUAAAGUUGAAACUGAAAAAAAGAGAGAGGAACAAUCAGGCAGUAACUGGAUAGAAGCUGUAACUUCAGAUGGCUAUACAUAUUAUUACAAUUCAUCUACUGGAGAGUCAACAUGGGAGAAACCAGAAGAUUUUAUUCCUAAAUCUGAUAGUGUCGAAAGUACAGAGGAGACAGUGGCACCAGAAACAGAGAAAAUUUUAAAAAAUGAUUCAGAGGAGCUGCAGAGUAUAGAGGAAAAAGAUGAUGAUGGAGAGAAAGAUGUAGAAGAAGAGCAAACACCUGAAGAAGAAGAGAAAACUGAAACUUCGAGUGGGAGUAGUGAAUCAGAAGAAGAACAAAGUGAGAAAGAGGAAAUACCAUCAUCCCAAGAAACAGAAAAAAAAUCUAAUCCUUAUGGAUCAUGGGAACAAAUACAAGAGGAGGAAGAUUCAUAUGAACAAGUUGAUCUGCAACUUCCUGAAGUUGAAAGCUACUAUUCUGGAGUAUCAAGUGCUUCUUUGCCCCCAGAGCCUACAGUCAAGUUUAAAGAGCGCACCAUUACUUCUCUUGGAGAUGAAACAAGUGAAGAAGCAGUUGGCUUUAAAAGGAGAAAACUUGAAAAUGGGAAAUCUAGAAACCUUAGGCAACGGAAUGAAAAUGAGUAGACUGCAUUUAGUCAUUGAGAGACUGAAAUUACAGGCUCUCUGCAUUCCUGCCUGCCUGAGUAAUUUUACUGGGAUAUUCUUGCUGGGUUUAGGAGAAGAGUGCUCGUUUUUUAAACUGGUAAAAGCAGCACUAGCUGUAAGCAUUAUGGCAUUUUCUGUUUGAACUGUCAUAAGUAAUAAGUGUAUAACUUGUUUUUAGUUGAAUCACAUUUUAGUGAGUAAAUUACUAGGAUAUUCUAUUUUCAUUGUGUGCAAGCAUAAAUGCAAAAGGUUUGACUUCAGUUUUGUGUUGAAAAUUUGCAUUUAUUUAAAAUUUAGUGAUGUAAGAAGACUGGUUUACCCAUAAUUAAAGUUUGACUAGUACAAGACAUUUUGGGCAUACAGAAGUAAAAAUAUUUUGGCAAUGUAACAGUAUGUUAAACUGAUAAGUUCCAUACACCUGCAUUGAAACAACUGAAAAGGCUUUCUUGUGUUUAUGAUCUCCUGUAUUUACAAAGGUAAAAGCAGGAAAAAGACACAUUUGGUACAAAUUAAGUCUGUGGAGUAACUCAAAUUGUUUCCACUUGUGUUCUGUCAGUAUUGCCAUUAUCUUUGAGUUUUUUCUUCAGUCAGUUGACACUGCUUUGAUUUUUUUUCUGCCAGAAGGAAUUGCAUAUUUCUUAUAAGUAAGUUAUAUAGUUUAAUCAAAUUCUGAGUGCUGAAUAUCUCUUCUGGUCUUGAUUAUGUGACAAAGUUAAAAAUGCUUCCAUUGAGUGCUGUCUCAUGUUUAAAAGAAUCACUAUGCUUAUUUCAGAUUUUUAACAGAAAGUAAUUCAAAAACAUGUAAAAACUAACAGUCCUUUGAAUGCUUGCUGACUCGAUCAUAUGGGAUCCUGCAGAAUAAUUUAAUUAUGUUACUAAUGGCAAAUAUUUUAAUAUGAGGUUAAUAUGCUGGGGUUAAAAGUGGCUAGUGUGGAUUUGCACUCAUUUGAAGAACUCAUUCUUGGUUUUCAGCAUGGUUUGCUAUAUAAAGUGUGAUGUCAUUACUAGCGAAUAAAGUCACAUGAUUACAGUUUCCAUUUUUGGAAAUUUCUCAUUCUGAUCAGGAUAAAUGACAGCAUUUUGAUAAGUUGUCAAUGUAUUGAAUAUUUUCAAUCUUAUUAAAAAAUGUAAUGAUGGAAAAAAUAAAUAAAUAAUGAAGAGACCUGACUACGUUAUCAAAGAAGUGCUUAACACUUUUACUCAUGGGUAUCAGUUGUCAAUUUAUUCACAUUGAAGACAGUUUAAAUGUGUAGCAAUGUUCUUGAUUAUCUUCAAAAUGUUUCUUCUCAGCACUCUGUAUUUCUAUGACAACUGUAAUACACUUCACCUCACACAUUUAAGAAAAGAUUUCACAUAAAAUACUUAUUUUUAA